CGCCUCCCAGUCUCCGCCCCUUUACGGCACGAUGGUCGCGCAAGAAUGUGAUAGAGCCUAGACGGCCGCCAUCUUCUUUCUUUCUUAGCAGUUAGCUGAGAGAGGACCUUCGCGAGGGAACGGGAGCGGCUGCUGUAGCGUGGGCAUGGCCGACUACUCAACAGUGCCCCCGCCCUCGUCUGGCUCAGCUGGCGGUGGCGGCGGCGGCGGCGGAGUUAACGAUGCUUUCAAAGAUGCCCUGCAGAGAGCCCGGCAGAUUGCAGCAAAAAUUGGGGGUGAUGCUGGUACAUCAUUGAAUUCAAAUGACUACAGUUAUGGGGGACAAAAGAGACCCUUAGAAGAUGGAGAUGGCUCUUGGACAAAUCCGAGCAGUACAACACACUGGGAGGGAAUGCCCUCUCCUUUUAAAGAUCAACCAGAUGCUAAGAAAGUUGCUCCCCAGAAUGACUCUUUUGGAGCACAAUUACCUCCGAUGCAUCAGCAGCAAAGAUCUGUAAUGACAGAAGAAUACAAAGUUCCAGAUGGAAUGGUUGGAUUUAUAAUUGGCAGAGGAGGUGAACAGAUCUCACGCAUACAGCAGGAAUCUGGAUGCAAAAUACAGAUAGCUCCUGAUAGUGGUGGCCUUCCAGAAAGGUCUUGUAUGCUAACUGGGACGCCUGAAUCUGUUCAAUCAGCAAAAAGAUUGCUGGACCAGAUUGUUGAAAAGGGAAGACCGGCCCCUGGCUUUCAUCAUGGCGAUGGACCUGGAAAUGCAGUUCAGGAGAUCAUGAUUCCAGCCAGCAAGGCGGGACUAGUUAUUGGAAAAGGGGGAGAGACUAUUAAACAACUUCAGGAGCGGGCUGGUGUUAAAAUGGUUAUGAUUCAAGAUGGGCCUCAAAACACUGGUGCUGAUAAACCUCUUAGGAUUACGGGUGACCCAUACAAAGUUCAGCAAGCCAAGGAAAUGGUAUUAGAGUUAAUUCGUGAUCAAGGUGGUUUCAGAGAAGUACGGAAUGAGUAUGGCUCAAGAAUAGGAGGAAAUGAAGGGAUAGAUGUCCCAAUUCCAAGAUUUGCUGUCGGCAUUGUAAUAGGAAGAAAUGGAGAAAUGAUCAAAAAAAUACAAAAUGAUGCUGGGGUUCGAAUUCAGUUUAAGCCAGAUGAUGGAACAACACCUGAUCGGAUAGCACAGAUAACAGGACCUCCAGACAGGUGUCAGCAUGCUGCAGAAAUUAUCACAGACCUUCUACGAAGUGUUCAGGCUGGUAAUCCUGGUGGACCUGGACCUGGUGGUCGAGGGCGAGGUAGAGGUCAAGGCAACUGGAAUAUGGGACCACCUGGUGGACUACAAGAAUUUAAUUUCAUUGUGCCAACUGGGAAAACUGGAUUGAUAAUUGGAAAAGGGGGUGAAACCAUAAAAAGCAUAAGCCAGCAGUCUGGUGCAAGAAUAGAACUUCAGAGAAAUCCUCCACCCAAUGCGGAUCCCAAUAUGAAGUUAUUUACAAUUCGGGGCACUCCACAGCAAAUAGACUAUGCUCGGCAACUCAUAGAAGAAAAGAUUGGGGGUCCAGUAAAUCCUUUAGGGCCACCUGUACCCCAUGGUCCCCAUGGGGUUCCAGGUCCUCAUGGGCCUCCUGGGCCUCCAGGGCCUGGAACUCCGAUGGGACCGUACAAUCCUGCACCUUACAAUCCAGGACCACCUGGCCCAGCUCCUCAUGGUCCUCCAGCCCCAUAUGCUCCCCAGGGAUGGGGAAAUGCAUAUCCACAUUGGCAGCAACAGGCUCCUCCUGACCCAGCAAAGGCAGGAACAGAUCCAAACUCAGCAGCAUGGGCUGCUUAUUAUGCUCACUAUUACCAACAGCAGGCACAGCCCCCGCCUGCAGCUCCUGCAGGGGCACCAACCACAACCCAAACGAAUGGACAAGGAGAUCAGCAGGCUCCAGCUCCAGCUGGUCAGGUUGAUUAUACAAAGGCUUGGGAAGAGUACUACAAGAAAAUGGGUCAAGCAGUUCCUGCUCCUACUGGGGCACCACCAGGUGGCCAGCCAGAUUAUAGUGCAGCCUGGGCUGAAUACUAUAGACAGCAAGCAGCAUACUAUGCCCAGACAAGUCCCCAGGGAAUGCCACAGCAUCCUCCAGCACCUCAGUGCCUUCCCAGACCUUCCACCUUAGGUUCUGCUGCAAAAAGCAACAGUGCUGAAGAUGCUGCAAGCACCAAAUCAUAGCUCAUAAAAUCAGGUCCUGAGAUAGUUACCCAUAAAGAGGAAUCCUUUGAGUGUAUGCCAUUGGUGAGCCGAUGAGCAUGGACCAUAGAAGGGCUCAAUGUAGAAGGUAAAAUUGGCAAAUCAUAAUUGAGAAAUAUGAAAUGUAUUCCCAUACAUAAUAUGGUAUAGGGUGUGAUGUACCUGCUCUUGACCAGUUUCCAUUUUAAAGUGCUAUUCACUUAAAUGUUCCAUGAACUGUUAAGUUUCUUAAGUUAUGGUUAGAGUGUGUGUGUGUGUGUGUGUGUGUGUGUGUGUGUGUGUGUGUGUGUGUGUGUGUGUGUGUUUGAGAGAGAGAGGUCGGUAUGUUGAAAGCACAUUUUUAGAACCUGUCAAGUUUUGGUUAGUUGUAGUUUAUGUUUGGAAAUCCAAGUGAAUGCUUAUAGAUAUUGAGGACUGUUUGAAUAUUUCUUGUGAGAACUUUUAAUUCAUUUCCAUGAACCUUCACUGGUACUGUAAGCAUUUUAAAUAGCACCAAUCUUAACUUUACGUAAAUGGAAAGCAGAAAAGGUGAGCCAGUUGAUUUGAAUGCAACAGAUUUUAAGGGUGGUAGAAAAUUGGUUUAGAUUGAAAGUAAACUCAUAAAAUUAAACAAAGUUUACAGGUUUUUUUAAAGGACAUACAUGUUAGUGUAGUGAUACUUAGAAUUUGUUGCUUUGAUGUUUGUUUCAGAAAUGCGUGUUCUUCUUUUAGUAAUGAGAAUUAUUUUUAAUAUUAAAAAUUGAUUUAUACUAGUUGUAUUCUUAAAUGCCUUGGGUAGUUAAUUCAUUCAAGUGGGUUUAGAUAGGAAUAACAAGUGGUCUCAGAGAAGUUUGUGUUCGCUUGCCAUUACAAACAGUUCUGAAAAUAGUUACAUGUAGUCUAGAAUAUUGAUAUAGAAUUAACUGGUCGCUGGAGAUAUCUCGUUUUAGCUCUGCAAAGUUUACCUGGCUUUAAAUUGCAUUUUCAUAGUACUUAGAAAUAACUUGACUGAAAAUAAUCCUACUUUUUGUUGGGUUAUUGACUAUCAGUCAGUUGACUUACUACAACUGUAAUUGAGGGAUUUUUAAAUUGGUGCUUUAAAGAAAAGCAAAUAAAUCCCAGGGUUUUUAUUUUCUUCAGUGAUACCCUAAAGAAACUCAAUGUAUUUGCGAAUAUAUAUAUAUAUAUAUAUAUAUUUUCUUGUGCAUGCUCGAUGCAUUUUCGUCCUGAGAAAAGUGUUCUCUACAGAAACUACCCGUGUGUUAAAAGAAGAUUGGCUUAAAAUGGCUACUGUGAUGGGAACAGUGUCUUAGGGAGAUGCAGCUUGGACUUGAGGUAAAUUGAAUACUUUACAAACUGGUUUAGAGUUUUGCUUUAAUAACAUUGUAUGUAAAGGGGCACGUGAUUGUUGUAAUUUUGUAUUAUCGUUUCCUUAAUUAAAAAAUAAAUGUACAGUGAUUACUAUUAAAA